CUGACUCACUCUGCUGUCAGCCAAGAAUGAGCUGGAUCCCCCAGGAAAAAAAAUAUAUAUUUUUUUACUGUAUAAAAACUUAGAGAACUUGGACAAAGAGCCCACUUGACCGGACAAUACCGGAGCGCUGUUUUUUUUUUUCUUUUACACUCUCGGCACUGUGUCCCAGCAAAACAUCAUUAAGUGUUAUUAUUAUUAUUAUCAGCAGCAUCAUCACCGCGCAUUGAAAUGACAGGGAGGAUCAACAUUAUCUACUGGCAUAAUGUCAAUGUUGGUAUGCUGGAAGUGCCUUAUACUGGACCCAGGCCAAAUUCUGAGAGAUUGAAAAAAUGACCUGCCCUUUUCCAAAAAUAGAUGCCUGAAAUGUUUCUGCCAAAGGUUUAUUUUACAACACAGGCAGCUGGAGAUCAAAAUGUAACGAUGCCCUCGGACUGCAAUUAACUCACCAUCUAACAUUUAAAAUGCUGCGAUCAUUGCAGCAAUCUGCAAUGAUCAGAAAAAAGUGAAUGAGUGAAGUGUGCCUGUUCAUCAUGCCAUCACCAAAUAGCCCAGUAUCAUGAACAGAUGAUUCUUCUUGUUGAUAACAUGUCUCCAGUGAUCCAGAACUGCACAAACUGUAGCCAGGCUCAGGUCAUGGAACUGAACAUAGCAAAAGCCAUUGUUCUGAGCUUCGUUCUGUCUGUUUUUGUUAUAUUUGGAGUAUUGGGCAACAUCUUAGUCAUCCUUUCUGUGGCUUGCCACCACAGCCUUCGGACAGUCACACAUUACUUUAUUGUAAACCUGGCAGUGGCUGACCUACUACUGAGCUCCACUGUGCUUCCAUUCUCUGCUAUUUUUGAGAUGCUGGGCCGCUGGGUGUUCGGCAGGGCUUUCUGCGACGUCUGGGCUGCCAUGGAUGUGCUUUGCUGCACAGCAUCCAUAAUGAGCCUGUGUGUGAUCUCUGUGGACCGCUACAUCGGCGUUAGUUACCCUCUACGCUACCCAGCCAUUGUUACUGAGAAGCGGGCAUUGUUGGCACUUAUGGGAAUUUGGGCUCUGUCCAUUACCAUCUCCAUUGGACCUCUAUUUGGCUGGAAGGAGCCAGCACCAAAGGAUGAAUACGUGUGUAAAAUCACAGAGGAACCUGGCUAUGCUAUUUUUUCUGCAGUUGGCUCUUUCUACCUCCCCCUAGUGGUUAUCUUGGUUAUGUAUUGCCGUGUAUAUGUGGUGGCUCGCAGGGAGACGUACAGCCUUAGGAAAGGUCAUAAGACGGAGAAGGCACACCAUGCAGAAGCAGUGACACUGAGGAUACACAGAGGUAACACCACUUUGGUGGAGGAUGAAACGUUGAGGAGCCGCACUCACUUCACAAUCCGCCUGCUAAAGUUCUCCAGGGAGAAAAAGGCUGCGAAAACCCUGGGCAUUGUAGUUGGGUGUUUUAUUCUUUGCUGGCUGCCCUUCUUCCUGGUUCUGCCCAUUGGAUCCAUCUUCCCGGCUUACCGGCCCUCAGACACGGUCUUCAAAAUUACCUUCUGGCUUGGGUACUUCAAUAGCUGUAUCAACCCAAUCAUCUACCCGUGCUCCAGUCAAGAGUUUAAGAAAGCCUUUCUGAGCGUGCUGGGUGUUCACUGUUUGCGCCGUAGCACCAGACCUACAUACCCGCUGUGCCAGGCCCAUUCUACCAGCCACACACAGUCACACCUGCUUUCAUUGGGCUCAGAGAGCCGCAGCGAGCCUUCACAUCUCAGCCCUUCAUCCUCUGUGGUCCUUUCCCGUUCACCAUCAUCUUCCCCAGUGGGGGGUCUAGGAGUCAGUGCUGGGGUCAGUGCUGGAGCAAAAGUGGCAGGGGUGUGCAGUAAGAACCUGCUGAGAACGUGCUGUUGUGCUGGAGACUACCCACCACGGAGAGAGGCUCCUGGAUGCCAUUCUCUGCCUGUUAUUAAGAUUCAUCAACUUUCUCUUUGUGAGAAUGGUGAUGCUGUGUGAGCCACAGAGGUACGAAACUGCUUCAGAAAAACACAUAUGCCUCAGAUUGUGACUAGACGCUUAUUAAGAUCUCAAUGGAUCUUUAGCAAAUAAUGGAGACAAUGAUGUGUAUUCAUGCAGAGUGAAGUGUUUGUGAUGAAUCUGACUGUUUCUCUGUGGAGAUUGAAAACAUGCUGUGUAUCAGCAGGAAGGGGUGCCUUCAGCCAAUUUGAUUGAUAAGCUUUGCACAUUUGCACAGAAAGAAAACAUCCCACUGUUUUAAUGUUGAAAUUCCUACAAGUGGGAUACUAUAAAAAUUAUACUGGUUUAGUUUUGUAUUUGCCAAUGAAGAUAUACUGAUUAUGCUAAAAUACUGGUGAUGAUUAAUUAAAGUUUUACUACCUUACCUCAAUUUACUGUAUUAGACGCACAAAUUGAUUCAUGUAGGGGGAAAAGCUGUAAUCAUUACCAAUGCAAGUGGCCAUUAACAUGCAUGGGAUUUUUAUUUUUCUAAUUUCCAAUGAAAAGGUUUCAAUAAUGAGACAAUGAAAUAUGUGGAAUCAAUUAAAUAUGCCCCAGUUUUAUAUCUAUAUUAUGUUUUUAACAAAAACAAUGAAUAAAUACUUUACUGUAAGUGCUUUAUGGAAGUCAAGAUUUUUACCCUAAGACUCAUGUAAUUGUUUGAACAAAUGAGAUGAAAUGUUUCAUGCAUUGUUAAUCAUAAUUGUCUGAGUUGCUAAACAUUUGCAUAUGUGAAAACAUGAAAACAUUCUAUUUCUACAAGAAUUUAUGACAUUUAAAAACAAAGGUGUGGCUGCUUUUGUUUGUAUACAUGUGUGUUUGUGUUUGCAUCUUUAUCUAUAAAGAAAUAUGAAAAUCAUGUGAAAGGUUCGGAUCAGAUAACAGUGACAAUUCCAAUACUGAAUCAAAAACACUGUGAGAGAGGUUGCUCUUAAACUGGUGACCUAAAAACACUGACUUUCAAUAUGUAAUCAGAAAUUGUUUCUGAAGGGUCAUUAAGAUUUGUUCUUAAAGGUACUAACUAACAUUAGCUUUCAAUAACAAAACAACCUGUCAAUUAUAAAUCAGAUUCUAAAAUCUAAUUAGCUGAUUUGUGCUUAAUAACAAUAAAAUAAACACACCAUUAAAUGCGUCACAAUAAAUGAAUUCUGUAUUAAUGUGCCAGGUUUUAAAACUAAUAAAUCUCUGAUACUACAGCAAAUGACCUGUCCAGAAAAUGCCCUGAUCUUUGUCUUAUAUAUUCCUUAAGGAUGCUUUACAAUGAACACAUUGUACAAUUGCAGAAUUGUUUAUUGUGAGUAUUGUUGAUAAUAAAUGAUUCAUUUAACAGUUGAAUUGAA